AUGUGGAGAAGAAUGCAUCGGUUGUUUUCAAACUGAAAUACCAAGAAUUGCUGAGACGAAACCUUGGAUCAUACCAUCACGUGAUUUAUGUAGAUCCUGGUCAAAUAGUGGAAGACUUUAGAAUAAAAGUUUUCAUUAGUGAAUCCAGAGAAAUAAUUGAUCUAACAAUACCACCACUUGAAGGCAAAACAAAGUUUGAAAUUGGUAAAUUUGUUAACAUUAAACACACUUCACCAAAGAGAAUAGAUAUAACAUACGCCCCAAGUGUUCAGGACCAGAAAGCAAUGUCACAAGACGGUAUAUCUGGACAGUUCAAAGUGAAGUAUGAGGUUUCAAGGGAUAAAGAUGCUGGAGAUAUAUUGAUAGUGAAUGGCUAUUUUGUUCAUUUGUUUGCUCCAAGAGAUAUUAAACCACUUCCAAAAGACGUAAUGUUUGUGUUAGACAGAAGUGGGAGUAUGUAUGGUCGAAAAAUAAAGCAACUCAAAGAGGCAAUGAAGCUAAUCAUAGAGGAUAUGAAACCAGAAGACAGAUUAAAUAUUUUGUUUUUUGACAACAAAUUUGAUUGGUUAAGCAAAACCGAAAUGCUAGAAGGAACAAAAGUUAAUUUUGAUAAGGCAAACAGAUUUAUAGACCCUAUUACUGCUAGGGGAGGGACAAACAUCAACUCCGCAGUAACAGAUGGAAUAAAAUUAUUAACGAAACACUUGGAUACUAACAAAUCUUCUAUAGUAAUGUUUCUAACAGAUGGACGUCCAACUUCAGGAGAGGUUCAACGGAGUAAUAUUUUGAAAAAUGUAAAAACAGAAAAUGAAGCCAGACUAUCCAUUUUUAGCUUAGGUUUCGGUAACAAUGUGGAUUUCAACUUUCUUAAACAGAUGUCUGCACAAAAUAAUGGAUUUUCACGGCGAAUAUAUGAAGAUUCGGAUGCCUCAUUGCAGAUAAAGGGAUUGUAUUCCGAAAUUUCAUCCGCUCUUUUAAAAAUUGUCACUUUUAACUAUGUUGGUGACAUUGACAUGAACACACUUACACAAACCCUUUAUCCAUCGUACUUUAGGGGAUCGGAGUUAAUAGUUGCUGGACAAAUAAAAUCGAAUGGUUCUAACGUCGUACCCCGGGUCAGAGGUUGGAACAAUGGAUACAUAGAUUUAAUAUGGAAACCGAGACCAGUUCCAGACCUGAAAGCAAUUACCACUGAUACUGAUUUAGCAAAAAUAACGGAAAAAAUGUGGGCAUAUCUAACAAUAAAACAGUUGCUAAGAGAUAUCGAGAGUGAUAUAACGACCACUAAGAAGGACGUAAUUAAAGCUAAGAUCAUAUCCUUGGCAACAAAGUACCAGUUUGUCACACCCUUCACAUCUAUGGUAGUAACUGCGCCUCAGCUCCGUCAACCUAGACAGUCCAGCAGCCAAGCCCAUGACAUUGGUUCUCAUGGUUUCCGUAGUCGUUCUCAUAGACCUCGUCUGGGAAUGGGGUCUACACGGCAGUCUUUAAGUAUAAAACCAGAUCCUGUAAAAGCCCAAAGCAUUGUUGUUACUCAUGGUUUCCGUAGUCGUUCUCAUAGACGUCUGGGGAUGGGGUCUAGACGGCAGUUUUCUUUAAGUGGGGGAUUUAGCGGAAGAAGUUUGAGAGCAGAUCGUUUAGCUUCGAAAUUAUUACCACCAACAGAUACCACCUUUGACAUCUCCGCUGUCUCUAAAGGAACGGUCUUAAUUCCAGGUUCGAAAUUAAUACCAACAUCAGAUACCACCCUUGACGUCUCCACUAUCUCUAAAGGAACGGUCUUAAUUCCAGCUUCUACACUAAGACCAACAACAGAUAGCACCCUUGAUGUUUCCACUGUCUCUAAAGGAACGGUCUUAAUUCCAGAUCAAAGAGCUCCUAAUUUCUUCUUACAUAUGGAAGGAUCAACAGCACCUCUCUGUAUGAAUUUAAAUCCAAAUGACACUGGCAGAUAUCAGUUCUUAUACAGUCCAAGAAAGCCACAAAAAGCACUUCAUAUAAACUUUGAAAAGACAAUAAUUCAGGACGGAAAAAGAGAUAAGAUAAUAGCUGUCGAGUUUCAGGAAGGAUCAGAAAAACAAUAUAUGGAUUCUAAGAUUUGGAUGAUAUCGAAUGUCACUUCGAAUGUUACAAAACUAUGGAAGGAGAUCAACAACAGGAGAACAAAAGAUUUUUCGCAAUAUAAUCUUACAACUGUUAUCUCCCCUUCUAAAGAAACGUUAUUUGGUUUACAGCUGCAUCUUUAUAUAAAACAAAGCAACAACGAUUAUGAUAUAGGACCAUUACGUUGGUUUGUUGGAAUGGAAAUUAAAAGCAUUGGGUUUGAAUUGAUUGUGCAACCUAAUGUUGGGAAACAGUUUACUGUCAAAAAGUUUAAUCUAUUGAAGUCCACGUCUGUAUCUUCAUAUCUAACAAACUCGUGUUGGUACAUAAUGAACCCCGAAAAGGAAUUUCCACUUUUGGGACGCUUAUUUCAGCAGAAAGAUGUCGAUACAUGGUUAUAAUUAUAACAAAAUCAAUAUGAUACUUUUUUAAAAAAUCAAUUAUAUCUGAUAACUGAAGAAAAAUAAAUAUUUGAACAAUUUUAA